ACAGCAGCAGAGAUGGGUAACGAGGUUUUGUGGUUGGCAAGGCGAGUUGUGUACAAAAUAAAAUCAGGGAAAACGAAAGAAACAAAAAAGCAGAAGAUGAGUGGAAAGUAAAGGAAAGUGUUUGAAUCAAGGAGAAAUGAGAACUUGUCCAAGUUCAUGGUUGGAUUUGCCGCCCUUACUAUACGGAACGAUCAGGAGAGGUGCAAAUCUGUUGCAUUUACCAACGUCCUCCUCAACCAUUAGACCAAAAUCAUCAACAAGUUUCAGUAAACUCAUCCACCACAAACCCACCAUUUUAAACAGCAGCAGCAGCACUAAUGAAGUGGAGGUGAAGGUGGAGGUGGACACAGAAACCCGAAAACAUAAUUUGCUGAAAGCAAUUCAAGAUACGCAGAGGGGAAUUUCCGCAACUCCCCUCCAGCGUUCUUGUAUCGAGGAGGCUCUCGUUAGCCUAGAAGCUCUUGAUGCUGCUUUACCGUUGGACCUUGAUUUGUUGAAUGGCAAUUGGCGGUUGCAGUAUACUUCUGCUCCUGAUGUUCUUAUCCUUUUCGAAUCCGCUAACAGACUUCCCUUUUUCCAGGUUGGCCAAAUUUAUCAAAGCUUUGAAUGCCAAGCUGAAUCCAAGGGAGGCUACGUAUGCAAUGUCGUUCGCUGGAGUAUCCCCAAACUCUUAGAGGAAGAAGAAGGUGCCACUCUCCUUGUUUCUGCAAAAUUCUCUGUAGUUUCUUCACGUAAUAUCUUUCUCCAGUUUGAAGAGAUAACUAUUAAGGACAUAUACAUUAGUGAAGAGGUGCAAGCUUUAAUAGCUCCAGCGAUUCUUCCACGGACGUUUUUUAGUUUGCAGAUCUUGCAGUUCAUCCGCACAUUUGAAGCACAAUAUCCGGUGGAAAAUCCAGGGAGGCAAUCUGUCGGAGGACUGUACUAUCUCUCAUAUCUGGAUAACAAUAUUCUGUUGGGUCGUGCUGUUGGAGGUGGAGGGGUAUUUGUAUUUACUAGAGCGCCUACUCUUGUGUGACUUACGUGUUUGUUAAAUAUUUUAUUUUUAUGUACCCUGGAUGGACAUAGUCAUUUGAGACGUUAAAAUUAUAUUCGUGCAAUUAAUUUGUUAUUGAUUCCUAAA